CUAUUAAUCAGCAUAAUAUUUUUCCUGAAUGUGAGAGAUAAAUUCCAUGGAACCCGCGAAACCACGGAUUGCAUUGUUCAUAACCUUGAUACUAAUAAUUUCAGACGGUUUGAUCUUUAGAAUUUUGGCAGAAGGCGUUACUUUUGAGGAAGCAAAGCAGCUAAGAAAUGAGGUAAGUGGAAUGUUCUAUCAUGCAUUUGAUGGAUAUAUGAAGUAUGCUUUUCCACGUGAUGAGUUAAAGCCUCUAUCAUGUGAAGGAGAAGACACACUUGGUGGCUAUGCUCUAACAUUGAUUGAUUCCUUAGACACAUUGGCUUUGCUGGGUGACAAAGAGCGCUUCAGUUCUUCUGUUGAGUGGAUCAGUAAAAAUCUUAGAUUUGAUAUUAACAAAACAGUAUCCUUAUUUGAAACUACAAUCCGGAUCCUUGGAGGUUUGCUUUCUGCUCAUCUCAUUGCAAGCGAUUAUUCUACGGGUAUGCGUGUUCCAUCAUAUGAUGAUGAACUUCUUCACCUUGCUGAGGACCUAGCUCGUAGAUUAUUACCCGCAUUUGAUACUCCAACAGGAAUCCCAUUUGGAUCUGUUAAUCUUUUGCAUGGAGUUGACAAAAAUGAAAGUAAGAUAACAUCAACAGCUGGUGGUGGUACUCUGACAUUAGAAUUUGGGGUGCUUAGUCGCUUGACAAAUGAUCCAAUUUUUGAGCAAGUUACCAAGAAUUCAGUUCGCGGAAUAUGGGCUUGUCGUUCCAGGAUAAAUUUAGUUGGUGCUCAUAUUGAUGUUUUUACCGGUGAAUGGACACAGAAGGAUGCUGGAAUAGGGACAAGUAUUGACUCUUUCUAUGAAUAUCUUUUGAAGGCGUAUCUUUUAUUUGGAGAUGAAGAGUAUCUGUAUAUCUUCCAAGAAGCUUAUGGCGCAGCCAUGCAUUACCUUUUCCAUGACCCCUGGUAUGUAGAAGUCAACAUGAAUUCUGCAGCACUGGUUUGGCCAUUAUUUAAUAGCUUGCAGGCGUUCUGGCCAGGUCUUCAGGUUCUAGCUGGGGAUAUUGAUCCUGCGAUUCGAACACAUACUGCCUUCUUUAGUGUCUGGAAAAGAUAUGGCUUUACUCCGGAAGGCUUCAAUCUUGCCUCGUUUGAUGUUCAGCAUGGUCAGAAAAGCUACCCAUUACGUCCAGAACUGAUAGAGAGCACUUACUGGCUCUACAAAGCUACCAGGGAUCCUAGGUAUCUUGAUGUAGGACGAGAUAUCGUUAGCAGCUUGCAGUAUGGAGCCCGUUGCACUUGUGGUUAUUGUCACAUAUCAGAUGUAGAGUUUCAUAAGCAGGAAGAUCACAUGGAGAGCUUCUUUUUAGCUGAGACGGUCAAAUAUUUGUGGCUUCUUUUUGAUUUGGCUGUUGGCCCAGAUAACCUAGUUGAAAAUGGUCCCUACAAGUAUAUUUUCAGCACGGAAGGCCACCUGUUUUCCAUGACUCCUAGAAUUUCUCUAGUCCGUGAACAUUGUUCAUACUUUGGGGCAUACUGUGAUUUUAGACCUACUUCCUAUUCUAUCUCCAACCAAAUCACUAAUAAUAGCAGUCGGUUCCAGAGAGAUGUGGGUUCCACCAGCUAUGUUACGCACUACGGCUUCCAUAAGUCAACAACGUCUAUAUCGGGAAUUAUUAAGGGGGUUUGUCCAGGACUAACUCAGGAGCAGAUGUAUCACUUGUCAUAUCCACCAACGGAUGGCCAAACUCACAAUGCUAAUGCUAAUGCUAAUGCAAAUGCAAAUGCAAAUGCAAAUGCUAAUCCUAAUCCAAAUGCAAAUGCUGAUCCAAAUGCAAAUGCAAAUGCAAAUGCUAAUGCUAAUGCUAUUGCAGACUAAGCCUCAUUUCCUGUGAUUCAUCAUCUCUUUUUACUUUGUAGAUUGUACAGCCAUUUUUGUCUUGUGUGUUGUACAAUUGUAGCAUCUCAUAUAACUUGUUUAUGUAAAUUUGUUUUAAAUUAGCCAAUUAUGUUGUGGUGGAUUAACACUAGCUUGUUGGACCUUUGGUUGUACUCAUGAAGAAAUUCUGUUAUAGAA